AAGUAAAUAGUCAGGCUGCUACUUAUAGGGGUGCUCGAAAUAGGUCGACUUGUCUACUACGUAAAGUUUCGCUUAUCAUCUCCGUAAAGAAAAAGCCGUUUCGGUUACAUGUUAGCAAGGUUUUAAUCUUAGAUAGAUGUGCUGUUAGCCGAUGAUCGCGAAGGUAUGCGGGUUAGUACCACGGAACCCGUGUCGGUGAAAGUCGGCAAGAUAUCGGGCAGCUCGGCGAACCACGUAACCACAUCUUGACGGGCAUCUCAAGCGGAUACAGACCUGCAUAUUCUUAGGCGCAGUAAUCAGCAAACUUUUAAUUGUUUGGCGGGUCGGAACCGUCGCGGCUUUGAUUUGACUGAUAAAGGGGUAAAGGGGUCCUACGUGCUCGAAUUUCAAGAUCUGAUAAUACAAGCUCUUCUUCGCAAUGGCCGACACCUCGAAAACUCCAGUGGCAAGGCUACGCGCUGCUCUUUCAACGCCGGGGAAUAUUAUCAUCAGCCCGGGAGUAUACGAUGGUCUUACAGCGAGAAUAGCGCUAAAAGCUGGGUUUGACUGCCUGUAUAUGACAGGGGCGGGGACAACAAUGUCUCGACUCGGUAUGCCGGAUUUGGGCAUAGCUACUUUGAAUGAUAUGAGAGAUAAUGCAGCCAUGAUAGCUUCGCUUGACACAUCUAUUCCACUGGUAGCCGAUGCCGACACCGGUUUUGGUGGUCCCCUGAUGGUCGGGAGAACCGUGUCGCAGUAUAUGAGAGCCGGCGUCGCCGCUCUUCAUCUCGAGGAUCAGGUGCAAUCUAAACGAUGUGGACAUUUGAUGAAUAAGGAACUUGCUUCUGAAGACGAAUUUCUCUCUCGCAUCCGAGCGGCUGUCCAAGCACGCGAAAAAGAGAAAGGCGACAUAGUCAUCAUCGCUGGAACGGAUGCUCUAGAGACGUUGGGCUAUGAUGCGGCUAGAGACCGGUUGAGAAAGGCUCUUGAUAUAGGGGCAGAUGUAGCUUUCCUUGAGGGUAUCAAGACCAAAGAUCAGGGUAGGAAGAUCUGCGAGGGCAUGGCUCCGACGCCGUGCCUCUACAACUGUGUCCCAGGUGGUGUUUCCCCCGUCUUGUCGGUACAGGAAGCGCAGCAUCUGGGCUACCGGAUGAUAAUACUUCCCGCCUUUGCUCUGGGACCUGUUUAUGAAGCAGUGGAGGAGGCAGCUAGGUUCUUAAGGGAUACUGGUAUCUCCGCCGAAUCUAAGACCAAAGCAAGUCCUAAAGAUGUAUUUACUGUAUGCGGGUUGGCGGAGUGCAUUGCCUUUGAUUUAGCAGCUGGUGGCAUGUCAUUUUCCAAGGGGGUUUGAUAAUGUCCCAGCAUGCCACAAUCUCGCACCGGGGUUAAACAAAGAGAGC